CCGCCUGUCUCGGAGCUCCAGCCGCCCAGGAGCCGCAGCGCAGAGGCAGUGCAAUGGCAGCAGAGUCACGCUCCGCUUCGUCUGUUCUUUGAGGUGGCGUAGAAAGAGGUCUCCUGCAGUCUGCUGAGCGGCUGGUGGCCUUUGAGGAGGUGGUUGUGCAUUUCACUGGAGGCGAUUGGGACUCCUGCAUCCAGGACAAAGAGCUUGAUGUCAUGCUGGAGGACUCUGGGAGUGCGGACUCUCUGGUAGGUGAUGGCCGAGACAAUGAGAAAUAUCAGGAGCCAUCACUGGUGUCAUCAGGAACUCCACAGCAUGGAGAGGGAAAAGAGUUAUUUCAGAAUCAAAGGAGACCUAAACACUACCAGAGAAACCCGACAAUGAAUAGGAAGAAGAAAUCCUCUGCUUCUCAAGGUGUUCCCAUCCGUGAACUCCAGAUCUCACAAGAUCAGAAAAAAAAGAGUGCAGGGUGUGGAAAGAUAUUCAAAUGUAAUUCUGAUUUGAAUGGGCAAAACAGAAUUCACACACGAGGGAAACCAUAUAAAUGCAUUGAGUGUGGAAAAAGCUUUGGUCAUCGCUCCGGCCUCAGUAUGCAUCGAAGAACUCACACAGGGGAGAAACCAUAUAAAUGCAUGGAGUGUGGAAAGAGCUUCACUGAUAGUAUAACUCUUACUGUCCAUCACAGAACUCACACAGGAGAGAAACCAUAUCAGUGCCUUGAGUGUGGAAAAACUUUUAGUCAGAGCUCAAGCCUUAGUAUCCAUCAAAGAACUCACACAGGGGAGAAACCGUAUAAAUGCAUGGAGUGUGGAAAGAGCUUCAGUGAUAGAGGAACACUUACUACGCAUCAAAGAACUCACACAGGAGAGAAACCAUAUAAAUGCAUGGAGUGUGGAAAAAGCUUCAGUCAGAGCUCAAACCUUCAUAUCCAUAAAAGAACACACACAGGGGAGAAACCGUAUACAUGCAUUGAGUGUGGAAAAAGCUUCAGUCGGAGCUCAUACCUCAGUAUCCAUCGAAGGACCCACAUAGGAGAGAAACUGUAUAAUUGCAUUGAGUGUGGAAAAAGCUUCAGUCAGAGCUCAGACCUCAGUAUCCAUGGAAGGACCCACACAGGAGAGAAACCUUAUAAAUGCAUUGAGUGUGGAAAGGGCUUCAAUCAGAGCUCAGGCCUUAGUAUCCAUCAAAGAACUCACACAGGGGAGAAACCGUAUAAAUGCAUUGAGUGCGGAAAGAGCUUCACUGAUAGUAGAACUCUUACUGUCCAUCACAGAACUCACACAGGAGAGAAACCAUAUCAGUGCCUUGAGUGUGGAAAAACCUUUAGUCAGAGCUCAGGCCUUAGUAUCCAUCAAAGAACUCACACAGGGGAGAAACCGUAUAAAUGCAUAGAGUGUGGAAAGAGCUUCAGUGAUAGAAGAACACUUACUAAUCAUCAAAGAACUCACACAGGAGAGAAACCAUAUAAAUGCAUUGAGUGUGGAAAAAGCUUCAGUCAGAGCUCAAACCUUCAUAUCCAUAAAAGAACACACACAGGAGAGAAACCGUAUACAUGCAUUGAGUGUGGAAAAAGCUUCAGUCAGAGCUCAUACCUCAGUAACCAUCGAAGGAUCCACACAGGAGAGAAACCAUAUAAUUGCCUUGAGUGCGGAAAAAGCUUCAGUCAGAGCUCAGACCUCAGUAUCCAUGGAAGGACCCACACAGGAGAGAAACCGUAUAAAUGCAUUGAGUGUGGAAAGGGCUUCAAUCAUAGCUCAGGCCUUAGUAUCCAUCGAAGAACUCACACAGGGGAGAAACCGUAUAAAUGCAUGGAGUGUGGAAAAAGCUUCAGUGAUAGAGGAACACUUACUAAACAUCAAAGAACUCACACAGGAGAGAAACCGUAUAAAUGUAUUGAGUGUGGAAAAAGCUUCAGUCAGAGCUCAGGCCUUAGUAUCCAUCAAAGAACUCACACAGGGGAGAAACCGUAUAAAUGCAUGGAGUGUGGAAAGAGCUUCAGUGAUAGAAGAAUACUUACUAAGCAUCAAAGAACUCACACAGGGGAGAAACCAUAUAAUUGUAUGGAGUGUGGAAAGAGCUUCAGUGAUAGAGUAACACUUACUUGCCAUCAAAGAACUCACACAGGGGAGAAACCAUAUAAAUGCAUAGAGUGUGGAAAGUGCUUCAUUCGGUGCUCACAUCUUACUAUCCAUCAACGAACUCACAUGGGAGAAUCCAUAUAACUGCAUGGAGUGUGGAAAGUGUUUCAGUGAUAGUAGACCUCUUACUGUCCGUCAAAGCCUUAGUAUCCAUCAAAGAACACACACAGGGAAGAAACAUAUAAAUGCAUGGAGUGUGGAAAGUGCUUUGAUCAGGGCUCAAGUCUUGCUGUCUGUCAAAGAACUCGCACGGGGGAAACCAUAUAAAUGUAUGGAGUGUGGAAAGAGCUUCAGUGAUAGAAGAACAUUUACUUGCCAUCAAAGAACUCACACAGGGGAGAAACCAUAUAAAUGUAUAGAUUGUGGAAAGAGUUUCAUUGUGAGGUCAGUCUUUACUGAGCAUGAGAGAGCUGACACAUGAGGGUAUACCAUAUACUCAAACUUCACUACAGUUCAUAACAUCCAUAGAUGCUUCUCUGUUCCUCUCUCUGCACAGAGAAA